GGGGAGCAGUGCAUGUGACUGUCACAUGACAGAUCGUGUCUGUCAGCUGUUAGCACAGUGGCUUGGAGUUAAUUUUAUCCAGACAUAUACAUCAGGGGAUAUAGUUCAGAAUGGAUAUCCGCGGGGCAGUGGACGCUGCAGUCCCCACCAAUAUCAUCGCUGCAAAGGCAGCAGAGGUCCGGGCCAAUCUGGUCAACUGGCAGUCCUAUCUGCAGAGUCAGAUGAUCUCUGGCGAGGACUGUGAGUUCAUCAAGAAGUUUGAGGUGGCUAACUCUGAGGAAAAGCAGGUUAUUUUGACCAAUGAGGGACAUCAGUGUGCGAAGACUUUUCUGAACUUGAUGGCCCACAUCUCCAAGGAGCAGACGGUGCAGUACAUCCUGACUCUGAUUGAUGACACUCUACAGGAGAACCAUCAGAGAGUAAGCAUCUUCUUCGACUAUGCCAAAAAGACAAAAAACACUGCCUGGUCCUACUUCCUUCCAAUGCUGAAUCGUCAAGACCUCUUUACUGUACACAUGGCUGCAAGAAUCAUUGCCAAGCUGGCUGCCUGGGGCCGUGAUCUGAUGGAGGGAAGCGAUCUGAACUACUACUUCAACUGGAUCAAAAGUCAGCUCAGUUCACAGAAUCUUCAUGGUACAGGUCCAGAAACAGGCACAGGAACAGGAACUAUUUCCCCCGGUGAAAGCUCUCAGUAUGUUCAGUGUGUGGCCGGAUGCCUUCAGCUGAUGCUUAGGGUCAACGAAUAUCGGUUUGCGUGGGUGGAGGCUGAUGGAGUCAACUGCAUCACAGCAGUGCUGAGCAACAAGUGUGGCUUCCAGCUCCAGUACCAGAUGAUCUUCUGUGUGUGGCUCCUGGCCUUUAGUCCUCAGCUCUGUGAGCAGUUGAGACGCUACAAUGUGGUGCCAGCCCUGUCUGACAUCCUGCAGGAGUCUGUCAAGGAGAAAGUCACUCGUAUCAUUCUUGCUGCCUUCAGGAAUCUCCUGGAGAAGUCUGCUGAGAGGGAGACUCGCCAGGAAUAUGCUUUGGCCAUGAUUCAGUGCAAAGUGCUGAAGCAGCUUGAAAACCUUGAGCAGCAGAAGUAUGACGAUGAAGACAUCACUGAGGACAUCAAAUUCCUGCUUGAGAGGCUGGGAGAGAGUGUGCAGGAUCUCAGUUCUUUCGAUGAGUACAGCUCAGAGCUGAAGUCUGGCCGUCUGGAGUGGAGUCCUGUGCACAAGUCCGAGAAGUUCUGGCGGGAGAACGCCGUCCGCCUGAAUGAGAAGAACUAUGAGCUCCUCAAGAUCUUGACAAGGCUUUUGGAAGUUUCUGAUGAUCCUCAAGUCAUAGCAGUGGCUGCACACGAUGUUGGAGAAUAUGUUCGACAUUAUCCUCGCGGUAAAAGGGUGAUUGAGCAGCUGGGUGGAAAGCAGCUUGUGAUGAAUCAUAUGCACCACGAGGACCAGCUAGUCCGUUACAACGCCCUGCUGGCUGUGCAGAAGCUGAUGGUCCACAACUGGGAGUACCUGGGCAGACAGCUCCAGUCCUCCGACCAGCAGCAGGCUCCGGCCGUGGCCGCUCGAAGCUGAAGGCUUCGCGUGCGUUUGCGUGUCAUGUGUGGAUGGGUUUUAAGUGUACGUACAGCGGCUCAGCUCUUUACUUCGUCCAAGGACGUGAAAAAUCAAGUGAUGUGGUUUCUUCUUCCCGCUGCACCCCCAAAUGAUCCUCAGCGUGACCUGACGAAACUGUUGUGCUUCGUGUCGUGCCCCGCAGCUAAUUGAUGUGUUGUGAUUGAGUUCGCACUUUCUGUCUGUGAUAUUGUACAAAAACUGCAAGUUAUUUAAGUCUUACCAGUGAAACGCCGUAUGAAUUCCAAUAAAGAGGUUUACAUGUGACA